AGCUCACUGAAAUGUCCAAAAUUCCGCCAACUCGUAUGUGUGUGCGUGUGCGUGUCUGUGUGUGUGUGUGUGUGUGUAUGCUCGAGUGCCAAUUCUUCCCAGUCAAUUCAUAAAUUUUAAACCUAAGAAUGGAAUUCAUGGAUUUCAUGUAACAUGUGUUUAGCAUAAGUUAAAGUUUCUUACGAAUACCUGAAUGAAUAGGAUAUAUUGUCGGUGACGGUAGGGGUAAAUUUUGUGGUGAAAUGUGUGUUUGGCGACAUUGAAAGUGACAAUCGAAAGUUAUUCGUAUGUGUGAUAGCAAGGAAAGUCGUGGUUACAGAAUGCUUGAUAACAGGUGAUGUUAGGAAUAUUAGGUAUACGUUGAAGUGUGAUUUAAACUAUUAUGAUUGUACUUGCACCGAUACUGUGUUCAAUUUGCUAGUCUGCCCAGAAUAUACAGAUUUUAUCUGUUACUGCUGUAGGUUAUGUUAAUGUACUUUUCUUAGAUAUCUAAUCAGAGGUGUUGAAAUAUUAGAGUGAAUCUUGUCAUGAUUCUUUCUGAAAUUGUACGGUGGAAAUGGAAAACAACAACAAGGAGUCUUUUAAACUUCUGGGUGUGUCAGCAUCUGGUACGGACUCGCCAUCAGACGUUCCAGAAAUCGUGUUGGCACCACCAAGAAAGAAGAGAAUUAAGAGUAGACGUCUUCGAGGGAACUCUGCAUCUCGAGGCAGGAAGACACAGUCGUGUAACUGCCAGGGUCGAAUUAUUGGGCUGUCCUUGGCUGCCGUAUUACUCCUCUGUUGGCUAGUGACUGUUACAUGGUUGGCAGUAGUUUUGCAUGGAGAGCUGAAACGUCUCGAUAAUUAUGUUCAUUCUGUUGCUGCAGGUAGUCAGGGAGUACCAGAAGAACUCCAGAAAUGCCACUCGUUGUCCAAAGAGCUCCAGCAAAAUCAGACCUUGCUGUUAAGAAAUCUUACUGCCCUCAGUUUACAGCUGGAGAACUUCAAUGCGCAGCUGUCGGGGGUUCAGGCUGGACUGCAUGUCGUGGAGGAGAGACUGAAGGCCACUCCAGAACUUGUCAAUCUUCCGCAAGAUGUUCAGAGUCUCUUGACUAGCGUGGCUUCAUUUGGCAGCCAGAUUCGUGACCUGAACACAACUGUCACUGUGCUCAAGAAUGAAAACAGCCAGCUACAUGAAGCUUCGAAGACCCUCUUUGACAAUGUCACUUAUAUCAAGCAAAGACUGGUACAGCUAGUGAACACAACGCAGCAGUCUCAGAUACCCUCAACAGAAGAUCAUGCAGAGAAGGAAGAAAUGAAAUCUGUGAUGAGGCAGCUGUCCACCAACAUAACUCUUGUGAAUGACACGCUGAGUAAGAAACUGCAGUGGCUUGCAGAAGAUGAAGGCAAGGACCAUAAGUCAGUUAUUGGACUGGAGGACUUGAGCCAAAAUGUGAGUGCUCGCCUGACCACACUGGAAGGUAGUUGUGUCAAGUCUGCAGUGCACAGUGCACUCAACAACACAGUUGGAAAUCUUUCACUUCAGGUGACCAAUGGGGAGAAGGAGCUGAGUAAGCUGAGUGGGAAGGUGACGGAGCUACAGACCCAGGUUAAUCACCUUGAAAGGAAUGAAACUUUGCUCUUAUCGCAAAUUAGUCGAAUCAUCAGCAAGCCAAGCCUCGACAUACCAGCAUCCUCUGAGGCCGUCUCCUCCUUGCAGCUUCAGACAACAGAAGGAACUGAGGUGUCUGGAGAUGACUCGCCAUCGCAAAGUGCAUUCAACUGAUGAGUCAUGACGUUGCUUGGUAAGUGAUACCAUUGUUGUAACUCAGGAGAUCAGUACUUCCAGCGACAUGGAGAGUUUAUAUAAUAUGAAUACAAAUUACAGAUGUGUUCUCUCUCUGAAGGUCAGGCAGCCUACCAAAAUUAACUCUUUGAUAUUUUCACAUAACACAUGUAAAUUUAGGUGGAGGUGAUGCACGCGUAUGUUUGCAUGGUGUCUCAUCAUCAGAAUCCACUUCAAAAUCAUAUCAUAAAGUUGUAAAAGCUAAAGUUGUCCCAGUGCUUAAUUAGUCAAGCACUAUAACAUGAAGACAUGUGGGGCAGUAGAGGCAUAGCUCUGCCUUCCUGGACCUUGGCACUAGAGGGGGGUGAGUAAUAAAUGUGCAGGUAGUGAAAAUGUGACAAAAUUACUGGGAAUAACUGUAACAAAUGAAAAUUACAUUUACAAAGAAAUUUUUGAGCAUGUUAAUUUUAUCUUCCCAGCUUAUAACUAAAAUAAAGAAGGUUAAAAUAUACAAAUUUGUAAAUUCAGUUUUUAUUCUAUAUGGGUAUGACUCUUGGAUACUUGCCUGAAAACAAGAACAGAGAUUGAAGGUGUUUGAGAACUGGGGGCUGAGAGGAAGGAAGUGACAUGAGACUGGAGAAAAUUUUGUGGUGUUGAGGAACUUCACAGUUUGUGCUCUUCACCGGAUAUUGUUAGGGUCAUGUAAUCAAGGAAAGUGAGAUAGGCUGUGUGAGAUCUGAAAUGCUUAACAGAAUUAUGGUUAGAAAAUCAGGAGACCACUGUGAAGACCUAGAUUUAGAUGGGAAGGCAGUAUUAAAAUGGAUCUUACAGACACAGGAUUUGACUAGAUUUGCAAUAUUUGAGGUUGACGAAGUGGUGGCUAUGAAGGUACUGUCUUGUGAGAUAUGAUGAUAUGUAGUUUGGUAGGUUGUUAAACAAUGUUUGGAUUAAUGUGCUGCCUCCAUGGUUAGAGUCUUCCUUUGCCCUGGAAGAUGGAGGCAUUUUGCCCCCUCCAGAACAUUGGUUAAUGAUCUACCAGACUGCAUGGCAUCACAACCUAGAGCACAGUAUACAAGCAUGGACUGGAUAUACAUCUUGCUUGGGUUAUGGUCCUGUGAUGAGCUCUUGUUAACAUAGCAAUGAACAGUAGGUUCAGUUAAAGGCAAGGAAGUUUCUUAGCUAAAUAUGUGACUGAUAGCUCCUGAGGAACCUGCUCAUUGGGGUUUUAGUUACUUGUGGAUACUUUCUUUCAUUAUUCUGUGAAACUAAUUUGAGAUUUAUAUUCUUUGAAUUUUUUGGUUAUGAAAAAUUUAAGACACUUCUGUCAACAUUUCCUGUAAUUAUGGAGGCACAGUAAAGAUACAGGAUUGCUACUAAACGUUCAUAAAUUCUCAGCAAUUAGAAUUAUUUGGUAAAGAGUGAUUAUAAUGAAUUAUACAGUUUCUUGUGUAUUAAAUUUGAUUCUAAUACUGUGUAUUGUACUACACAGUCCAUCGACUAUGCAACAAAUUGUUCUGUUUUUCUUACAUUCUCACCUACGACACAUGUUUCAGCCCUAAAUGGCCAUCUUCAGGUGUCUUACUAUGCUAAAAGUGCUAUGCUGCACUAAUAUUUCCCAUUCGUCGCAUAUGCGACAGGAUUGUAAGUUUAAUUGUGUAUUGAAAGCAUGAAAGUGUAAAAGAACAUGACUUUGGGCUCUGUGAAUUGUAAGAAAAUAUACAAAUUAAAGGGUUAAUGACUGCCUAUGGUGGUGCAAAUAAACCACUAACACUUAACACAGCAUUGUACAUUUAUUAUAAGACUGAUACAUGUUGGCAUCAGUGUAAUCUUACAGUGUUCAGUGUAAGUGUUCAUACCAGGUGUACUUCUGGUUAAGAUGCCAUGAUGUUGAACAGUGCCAAGUAAAUGAUUGCCUUAAAUGUUAAGAUUAUAACAUUUGUGCAGGUUUUGGCAUGAACUUGCAAGUAAAUUGAGCUUGAGGAUUACUUUCUUUCAUGCCAUCCAUCAUCUUAACUAACACCAACCAUUUUGCUGAUGUUGAAGUACCGUAACAGUUGAUAGAUCAUUAUAAAACAACUUUAUCCCAGUUGAUGACAGCUACAGGUAUGUUGAGUUGCAGCAGUUGUGUAUCAGGUUGUGAUGCAAUGUAUCGAACUAAUGUAUUUUAUUCUCAAAUAAGAUUUAUUCAUGUUUCAUAUGUUUACAUUAAAAACUGGUUUAAAAUGUGAAUGUUGCAGCUACAUUGUACUGAUUGCAUUAUUCACAGCAGUGUGAGAUGUUGAACCGGCAUGUGCUGUUACUUCACUGCUCUGUCACCGUACAUGAUGACAGUGCUUAAAGUUGUUCUUUACAGAUAUUGUUGUCUGUUUCCCCUGCAAUUCUCUUGUUCCAGUUAUACUUUUAUAUACGUAUUAAUUGCUUAUACUGUACUGACAUAAGUUAUGAACAUCUAUUUUCAAGUGAAAUGUUUAUCGUCUCAUACUUUUAUUUUCCUCUGCAUUGUGCAACAGUGGAAGGGGAGUAUAUUUGACAUACAUGAAUAUAUUUUGUGAAAAUAGUGGCCAGAAUUGUAGUAACUGUCUUACAUAAUUUGUAGUACUUUAAAUUUUAAGUGUCAUAUUGAAAGAUAGCUCUGUCACAGAAUUAUUAACUUUUAUUAACUCAUAUUUUAAUCUCACUUGGACUUCAGAUAAAUUUGUUUUGUACUUUUUGGUUUUAUACCCAGAAAAUGUGAAGAAAGGAUUUGCAUAUUAUUUGGUGAAAUCUUUUGCAAUCACACACUUGGGUAGAAGCGUUGAACACUUCUUCUGUCAAGUUGGAACAAUCCACAACACAAGUUCACUUCAUUGAAGCCUUGUAUACAGAAUUCAAUCUACAGUAAUGUACUAAUUGAAGAAUAGAACUGUAAACUUGAAUAUCAGUUAAUCAGUGUGAACAUAGAGGUCUGGAGCCAGUUGGGAAUUAAACUUCAUUACAACAGAAUUAUGACUUAAACACUGAGGUUUUAUCUUGCAUUUGUAAUUUUAUAGUGCCAUGAUCUUCAUGUGUCACCUUAAAUAAUCUUUGAGACAUUUCUGUUUCUGAUGGAACUAGUGUGAAUAUUAUUCCAUCCCAGACCACCUCAGCAGCAUACCCUUAUUUUCUGUACAUGAUUUGAGGUUCUCAUGUCAAUGAGUAAAGAUUUGUGGUCUUGGAAUGUGAUGCUUUUGUUUUGGUAGAUAGGUAGCAUUGUUUGGAAGAACAUGAUGGUCUCAUCUUCUUUCCUGAAGAUGGAUGCACCAAGUUCCUCCAUAAUGUUGGUACCUAUCUACUAGACUACAUAGCAUCACAUCCCGGUAGAUAGUCUUACCAUCCCACCCUGUGAGGCUUCGAGCCACACCUGUUGGUCGCUACUCUUUACCUUCCUUCCUUUCUCUUGUCGUUCUCGCCGCUGCCGUCGUUGGUCGUGGAGCUUGCAGCUAAGUCGGCUUUACCUGGCUCCACCGCUUCUCCAACUCCACCACUUCUCUUCACUAUGGAAAGGGGUAUCAGGUCCGGGACUUGGCCUGAUUUGUCUAUGGGCGCCAGCAACUGUGGGUACAGCUGCGAAGUGAAGGGAAAAGGUGGAUGGGGUGGGAGCUGAUGGUGAUCGGGCUAGUCGUGGUUGGCGUGAGACUCUGGCUCAGGUCGUUUAUGGCCUUACUCCGACGAGAAAAGAACACACUGGACACACAAACACUUGGCACCACUUCCUUUAUUGGUUUGUAAUCCGGGCGUCACUGAGAUACAACUCAGUUUGUUACUUCUCCAUGAUCUCCACCCGUUGUUUGAACACUAUUUUCACUUAACAGACGAUGGAGAGGGCUAGCUCCGCGUCCGGCGAGUUUAACUAUUGUUACGAGACUCUUUAAAAGAACUGACUCCCUGUUUUUGCAGAUUCAGAGGUCCUGCGAAAAUUUGGGGAAAACGUUGUUGUCAUCCUCCAAAUCUCCGGGUUGGCUGGAUUUAGACAAUGUGGGGAGGGUUCGACAGAGUUUCUCAUUCCUCCAAUGGUCAGCUGUUUCGCGGCGAAAGUUGGGUUCACACGGUUUCACAGUCUUUCUGACCCGGGGUGGAUUGAGAGGGUUCAGUCUCACGGUCUUUUAAGGGUAGGUCCGUGAUGAAUCGGGUGUUGAAAAUUGGUCCCUUUCCUCUACCAAUGAAACAAUUUGCCGCUCCUUCCUAAAAGCGGUUUUGAACAUUUGGAGAGUUAUGACCGGUCAGAGGGCCAUCUCUCUACGUGACAAAAGGUUCUCUCCAACGUCUUUUGGACAGAUUUCUCUUUUAUUAGAGCUUAUGGCUCUUUCUAAAAGUAGGGAGAGAGUGGGGCUGGUUUGGGUUUCAGUCCGGGGAUUGUGACCCGUCAUAAACUUUACCAUCUCGGAACUGCGAAAGGGUUCAGGUCCCUCUGGUUUGAGUGGGGUAUUACUUCUGCUUUGAUGUAGCGACAAGUACCGACAAAUGUGAACAAAACAUUGUAGUCCUUUGCAUUGUACGGUUACAAUAGUAACCUUCAUUCCUCUCUCUAGUUUGAAUGUACCAAUAUUGGGAUCAUGUGAACUUCUGAGGUAAGAGCAAUCCUGAGUUUUUUUCAUUGGUAGAUCUCUGAAACAUCAGCAGCAUUUCUUGUUAUGAAAGCGUUCGAGCAUAAAAUGGAAAUUAAACAAAAUGGCCAUAUAAAAUGUGUAUCUACAUACCCAUUUGAUAGUAGUAACUACUACCCUGUGACAUUUUGUAUGGUGGUAAAACUGCAAUAUCUAUCUAGACAGUGCUACUGUGAAUUUAACUAUUUAACUUGAUGGCAGGAGCAUCUGACUUCAUCCUGAAUGAGUGAUCACAGGAGAAACUCACUGUAAAUAUGUAAAAAAACAUGUUGGUAAUAUGCGACAAUUCCUAAGUUGUAUGAUGCAGUGCUACUCAAACAAACUUUUUCACAAAAAUGGAUUACACUUUUAACCCGUUGCCGUGG